CAGCAGCAGCAGCAGCCUCGGCGCCUGUUCUUUUGCCUCUCCGUCCCCUCCCUGCCCUUGGGCACGGGAGUCGGCUGAUGCGAGGAGGAGCCUGGAGAUAGACACCCGGUGACAGAGAUUUAAAUUUCAUUCUGAGGUCGAGAAGGGGAGUAGCAGCGGCAGCAGCAGCAGCCCCGCAGCAGAGCCACAGACCUCACGCGCCCUCCCCCCCACCCCUGCGGAGUCUGCCCUCCUCGUCCACCGCCGCUGCUGCUGCUCGCUCGCCAGCCAGCCAGCCAGCCAUGGAUCGCUUCGUUGGAGGGCCGGGCCUUUUCGCCAACGUGGUCAAUGAAACGUUCGAGCUCUACCGCUGGUCCUGGAGCAUCCGAGACAAACGGGUUGACAACUGGCCCCUGAUGCAUUCUCCGUUUCCAACACUGACGAUAAGCACCAUUUACCUCCUCAUUGUUUGGCUGGGCCCCAAAUGGAUGAAGACAAGGGAACCUUUCCAGUUGCGAUCAUUGUUGAUUAUUUACAACUUUGGAAUGGUUCUACUCAACUUCUAUAUUUUCAAAGAGUUAUUUAUGGCAUCCAAAGCUCGAGGAUACAGCUAUAUCUGCCAGACUGUGGAUUACUCAGAUAAUGAAUACGAAGUCAGGAUUGCUGGGGCUUUGUGGUGGUACUUCAUAUCAAAAGGAAUUGAGUAUCUGGAUACAGUAUUUUUCAUCCUAAGAAAGAAGUUUAACCAAAUCAGUUUCCUUCAUGUCUAUCACCAUUUCACUAUGUUUACCUUGUGGUGGAUUGGCAUAAAGUGGGUUGCAGGAGGACAGUCUUUUUUUGGAGCUCAAAUUAACUCUUUUAUUCAUGUUAUAAUGUAUAUGUAUUACGGACUAGCUGCUUGUGGCCCAAAAUUUCACAAGUACCUUUGGUGGAAACGUUACUUGACCAUUAUGCAGCUGAUACAAUUCCAUGUGACUAUUGGCCACACAGCUUUUUCUAUUUAUAUUGAUUGUCCCUUUCCUAAAUGGAUGCAUUGGAGUGUCAUUUUCUAUGCUACCUCUUUCAUUAUCCUUUUUGGUAACUUCUACUAUCGGACAUACAAGAUGCCCAAGCAGUCAGUAAAGAACGGCAAAAUUACCAAUGGCGUUAUGGCAAAUGGUAUAAGCAAACAAGAAAACGGUCUAGUUAUGGAAAAUGGAAAGAAAAAGCAAAAGGAAAAAGCAAAAGGAGAGUAACUUGAUCCAGGCCUUAACCAUUGUUGGCAGUGAGGAAUCUCCAGUUUGGUUGUAAAAGAAAAAGA